AUGUCAACUGAACAGACUACGCCGCCCACCAUCCGCGAGGCCGGCGCUCCCUUCGCCGAUAUAGACGCAGAUAUCAUCUUGCGCUCGAGCGACAGCGUCGAUUUCCGGGUCCACCGACUAUUCCUGUCCAAAGUGUCCCCUAUCUUCGCGGACAUGUUCGCAUUGCCACCCGGAGGUACGGAUGCGAUCAAUGGGGAUGAAGAAAGGAGUGGUAUCCGCGUCGUCAAGAUGCCCGAGGAUGAGAAGUCCCUACGGAUACUGCUGGGAUACUGUUAUCUCGCGUUAGAACCCGUCGCGCUCAAUUCCCUCGAUGACGCCGAGCGCGCUUUGGUAGCCUCGGACAAGUACCAGCUGACUCGUGGACACCUUUUUGCGAUGGAGAAGCUGAAGGGGUUUGCGAAGCAGGACCCCGAGCGCGUAUAUGCUUUGGGAUGGCGACUACGUGCAGUAGAGGUGGUGCGGAUAGGGGCUUUGGAGUCGCUCGUCAAACCGUACACCGUCGAGCUACCAAGUAGGCAGAAGGCUGGAGACUUGCCAUCUUCCGCUUUACUGGAACUUCUUACCUAUCAGCGCGCGUGCAUCGAAGCGGCGUUAGGUGUGAUGGACAUGCAUUGGCUUGAACCUCAUACCAUCCAGAUAAAAUCCGGUGAAUUUGCCGGAAGGAAGCCUCUGGGAAAUAUCGUUCAAGGAUUCCAACAAUCCCAUCUUGUGCAGGAAAAGUGUGAGCCUAAUGGUGGUAUGUGUCGUGCGGCGCAGGAAGCCGAGUCAAGACGCUGGAGGACGGACAAUGGAAGGAACUUGCACGUGUACCCUUCCCUCUAUCGAUGCUUCGACAUCAUCAAAACGGCGCUGAAGACACACCCACGCGGCAUUGCCAUCGACCACGAAGCACUCGUUCAGACAGCCGCAUUGACAGCCUUCAGCACUCCGAGAAGCGCCGCAUGCGAGGACUGCUCGAAGUACCAGGUCGCGACCGUGGCCGCUUUCACGAGAGUGAUCGCACAACAAGUCGAAAAGGCUUUGGCCGAGGUCCCUCUGGAAACGCCGUUCUGGUGCAGGAGACUUCCAGCCCUUCGGUGGAUUGCUCUCCCUCAACCCAUCAUCGCGGACUGGCGCUUCUUGAUACUGGGGCUUAUCAACAUGCCAACUGAUGAAUCUAUGCCACCUUCCAUUCGCGAGGCCGGCGCUCCCUUCGACGCUGGAGACGCAGACAUCAUCCUGCGGUCCAGCGACAACGUGGACUUCCGCGCCCAUAGACUGUUCCUCUCGAAAGCAUCCCCCUUCUUCGCGGACAUGCUCUCCUUGCCACCGGGCCCCACCGUCGACGAAGAGAAGGAUGGCAUCCGCGUCGUCAACAUGUCUGAGGACGAAGAGUCGCUCCGUAUCCUAGUCGGAUACUGUUAUCUUGCGCUGCAACCCGUAGUUCUCGACACACUCGAAGACGCCGAACGUGCCCUGCGAGUCGCGGACAAGUUUCAGCUUGAGCGCGCACGGACCAGAGCGGUGAACAAGUUGAGGGUGUUCGCGAAGCAAGAGCCUGAACGCGUGUAUGCCUUCGGAUGGAGGCUGCGUUCUCGGGACGUCGUCUUGGCCGGCGCUUUAGCAUCGCUCGCGAAGCCUUAUACCGUUGCGCUUCCAACGUUACAGGGCGCCGAGGACCUGCCGUCCACGAUCUUAUUCAAACUAUUAGCCUAUCAAAAGGCGUGCAUCGACGCAGCACAGAGUGUGUUCGAUCUAUCUUGGCUUGGCCUAGUUCAGCUCCGGAUUGAGAGUGUGGAAGCGGCUCGGGAGUAUCCCUUUGUGCGGCGCGCUCUCCCCGACUCGACCGGCCAUACGAUUGAUCAGUUAAACUGCAUGAAUCGGAGACGUGGCCUCUAUCUCCUCCGCGGUAGCGCAGUGUUUGGACGAAGCCCGUUCGGCUCUGAAGCUCCACCCGCGGGGAGAGGCUGUUAA